AUGGAGGACCAGGAACAAGGCAAUUCAAUGGAGGAUUCGGAACAGGCGUCCAGUGCGACAGACGACCAAUCGGUGGGGCGGUCGGAUGAAGAAGCGCAACCCGCGGACACGCCCCCAAGCGGAAAAAAUGAUCAGAAGGAACAACCCAAGAGGAAGAGGAAACAUGCUGUGGAAGGCAAAGCCGCGACGAAAGCCUUAGGCGAAGGGAACCAACUAAGUUUAUACGCACAGACGAAGAAAGCCAAAACGAAUGUGGGCAGCAACGCGGACGUGUCCCCGAGCAGUGAAGAGGAUGAGGAUGACGUAAUUGAGGAAGACCACGAGUUGCUGGGGCAACCGCCCAAAGAAGAGGGAAAAAAAAAAAAAAAAAAGAAAAAAGAAAAAAAACAGGAACAGGGGAAGCAACCAGAAACGCUGUCAGAUGGGCACUCCACUGCAGCAGCGGCAGCAGACGAGGUGAGUCCAUCCGAUUACGAAAGACUCCUGGCGUCGGAAAAAAACAACAGCGCCAUCUGGGUAAGCUACAUAGCCUACCACCUGGAAAAGGGCAGCCUGGAAGAAGCCAGAAAAACCGCAGAAAGAGCCCUGAAGACAAUAGAUAUACACAAAGUGGAGGAAAAAAGAAACAUCUUCUUCUGCUAUAUAAAUAUGGAGUGCACAUAUGGAGACAAGUUAAGAGAAGUAUUCAAAAGGGCUCUCCUUUGUUGUAAUGAAAAGAAAGUGUACAUGCACACAAUGAAUGUGCUAAAGGUAAAUAAAAAGUAUAAUCAGUUGAAACAAUUAAGUGAAGAAGCAAUAAAAAAAUUUCAUUACUCCAAAAAAAUAUGGUCACAUUAUUUAGAAAUUAUACACAGCACAUUUAAAGAUGAAGCAUAUGCACACGAAAUUUUGUUGAAGUCACUACACUGCCUUCCGAAAAGAAAACAUCUACGUAUGGUAAUAAAUGCUGCAAGGUUUGAAUAUAAAUAUGCCAAUAAGGAAAGAGGGAAAAGUUAUUUUGAAAAAUUAAUUCAAGAAUAUCCAAAGAGGUCGGAUGUUUGGUUUACUUACCUUGACAUUCAUAUUAAUUCCUUAACCAAAGGUGAAACAAAAGGAGAAAAAAAAAAAUUAAAUUUAAAUCAACUUCAGUUUGUUAGGAAUAUAUUUGAACGAUUUUCUUCGUGUAAAUUUAAGACAAGAGUGAUGAAAAUGAUCUUCACCAAGUGGCUCUUAUUCGAAAAGAACCAUGGCACCGUUGCCAGCCAAAAGAUGGUUCAGAAGAAGGCCUAUGAUUAUGUCGAGAGUUUGAACGCUCUUGCUUGA